UAGCGCGCCCACCGUCGCCCGUCCUAUUCUCCACCCCGUCUAUUCCUGGAUGUUCGGUCCUGCGCUUUAGCUGGACUAAACGGGUCGGUUCCAGCUUCUCAAACGUCUGUUGCGUAGCGCCAUUGCUGCCGGCUGCUGUACGCGAGGAGGAUGGCUUUUCCAAGUACUCCAGUUAUCUUUUCGAGCUAAGUCCCUGACGAGGAGGAAGCGCUUACAGAGUACAGCAUCUCGAGAAUUUAUGAAGUCUAUCAGAAUAAGCCGUUCGUUGUGCUGCGACGACUCCUCCAGGUUGUAUCCACUUUUGGAAAAUGGUUCGCCCUCAGAUACAUCGACUCCUUAAGUGGACGAGUGGACGAGAUGUUUAAGGUUAGAGCCGAGGGACUGAGGAAGAUACUAGUCCAGCUUGGUCCGGCAUAUGUUAAAAUUGCACAGGCUAUCUCAUCUCGUCCUGAUUUGAUUCCUCCUUCAUAUUUGGAUGAACUCUCACUGUUGCAAGACCAAAUUACUCCAUUUCCCAAUGAAGUUGCUUUUAGUAAAAUAGAGCAAGAACUUGGGUUUCCAUUAGAUGUACUUUACUCUGAGGUUUCACCAGAUCCUGUUGCAGCAGCAUCACUUGGACAGGUUUACCAAGCUAGGCUUCGAUCUAGCAAGCAAGUAGUUGCUGUCAAAGUGCAAAGGCCAGGAGUUCAAGCUGCAAUAUCCUUGGACAUGUUAAUUUUAAGGUUUCUAGCAGGCCUAGUAAGGAAAGCGGGGAAAUUUAAUACUGAUCUUCAGGCUGUUGUUGAUGAGUGGGCAUCGAGCCUUUUUCAGGAGAUGGAUUAUAAGAGGGAAGCAAAUAAUGCAGUCAGAUUCAGACAGUUAUAUGGUGACAUUAAGGAUGUUAUGGUUCCAGAGAUGUAUUUGUCACAAACUACUCACAAAGUUCUCACCAUGCAAUGGGUAGAGGGGACAAAGCUGGCUGAAGUGAAGGAUCUUUAUUUGAUUGAGGUUGGUGUGUACUGCUCAUUCAAUCAACUUUUGGAAAAUGGUUUUUAUCAUGCAGAUCCGCAUCCUGGAAACCUUCUUCGUACAUAUGACGGAAAGCUAGCUUACUUAGACUUUGGAAUGAUGGGGGAAUUUAAACAAGAACUUCGUGAUAGCUUCAUGGAAGCAUGUCUCCAUCUUGUAAAUCGUGAUUAUGAUGCACUGGCCAAGGACUUCGUCACUCUUGGGCUUCUUCCCCCAACAGCUGACAAGGCUGCAGUUACAACGGCAUUAACUGGUGUUUUCCAAGAUGUUGUUGCAAAAGGAGUCCAGAAUAUAAGCUUUGGGGAUUUUCUUGCAGACCUAGGAAUUAACAUGUACAAAUUCAAAUUCCGGAUACCUUCCUAUUUUUCUUUAGUAAUUCGGAGCCUUGCUGUUUUGGAGGGUAUUGCAAUAAGCUAUGAUCCAAAUUACAAGGUUUUGGGCAGUACAUAUCCUUGGAUUGCUAGGAAAGUACUGACUGACAGCUCACCCAAACUGAAAUCUACCCUACGAGCCCUUCUUUACAAGGAUGGUAAAUUCAGGAUAGAUCGUUUGGAGUCUCUUAUAUCUGAGUCCCUCCGUGCCCGGAAAGAGAAAACCCUCACAAGGGAGCAAAGUGACUUUCGUGAAUCUAGGUUCAUUUUCAAGCAAGUUCUUGUUUUUGCUUUGAAUAAAAAGGUUACUUUCUUAAGAGAGGUACUUCUUGAUGAGCUAGCUAAGGGUUUGGAUGCACUCGGGCUUGCAACUUUUGAUUCUAUAACAACUGUGUCUACAAACCUAGCAUUGUCUUCUUCCUAUUCAUUUUCUUUGAUGACAGAUGAAGACAUUGUUAAUCUUAGAAACUUGCAGCGUCUUAUAUUAUUUCUGCAAGGACUUGAUAAAAGGCCUGGCAUGAGAGCAGAGAGAGCAAGGGGCGGGGACGGGCUUGAGCCCACCUUUGUGGGCUGGCUGCGGGGGGAGCUAUCAAACAGAGCACCUUUUUCCCUUGCUCAUUUUGGAUCUGCUCAGGAACUGCUAUCACUUCUUUCUGUCAUUGCUGAGCUCCCACAAGAUAUGCAACAAGAGUUGGUGUUGCGUUUACCAACUGAUUUAGCAGGAAAGGUAGCUUCACGUGUUGCUGCGAGGACACUGCGUAGGAUCUUAUUGUAAAGAGAUUCUCUGUCUAUUACAGUAAAAUCUAUAGAAGACAUCGAGUGUGUUUUGAAUAUAAUAGUACUGAUGAAUGAAUUUUUGAGAUUUAAUCUUUUACCAAACCAAAUUGGAUUGUAAUUAUUUCCUUCAUAAAUGAGCUCAAACGUUUCAGUUCAUCAUGUGUUAUGCUUGGUGAACAAUAGAUUGAAAUUCUCAGUUAGAAGUUAGAGGAGUCUUUUUGGAAAUUGGAAUCGUUGUGGUUUGACAAUGUGCUAUUUUAUUUUUAAAAAGGGUAAGAUGCUGAUUGUAGAUUGGUGA